AUGGAAAAUGGGGUGAUCUCCCUGCUGACUUACAUGGUGACCUGGAAUGACACAGUAACACUGAUUGGAGAAAAGUUUGGGGUAGAUGUGCACAGCGUACUAGAUGCAAAUAUGUUGUCAUGGAGCAGCACCAUCUACCCAUUUACUCCUAUUUUGUCAGGGGAUUUCGGUUGCAUAUGUGGUAGUAAACGGUUCAAAGGCAGUCAGGUUAUCUUAGGUAUGGCUUGGACAACUCUUCACCAGUUACAUCAAUCCCUGAAGAGAAGAAGAUGCAAAAUUCGCAAAGAAAAGUUCUUCAAGCAAAAUGGUGGCUACUUGUUGCAACAAAAAUUCCAUGCUAACAACACUACAGUACUGGCAAAGAUCAUUACUGCAGAAGAGCUGCCGGAAGCGACAGAUAAUUUCAACGAGAGCCGGUUUCUUGGUCAGGGAGGCUAUGGCACAGUUUACAAAGGAAUGUUACUUGAUGGCAGCACAGUUGCUGUUAAGAGGUCAAAAGUAAUCAAUCAAAAUAGAAUUGAGCAAUUCAUAAAUGAAGUUUACAUCUUAUCCCAAAUAAAUCACCGAAACAUAGUGAAAUUGCUGGUUUUUUGCUUGGAGACUGAGGUUCCAUUACUAGUGUAUAAGUUCGUCUCCAAUGGAACUCUCUCUCAUCAUCUUCAUGCUAAAGACCAGCUUAAACCAGCCCUCUCAUGGGAUACUCGUCUACGAAUUGCAUGUGAAGUUGCUGGUGCAGUAGCACAUAUGCACUCAGCAAGCAUCAAGCUCCAUUCUUCAUCGUGA